CAGCAACGCCACGGCUGCAUGAGAUCAAGAAGCUGCCUUCACUUCGCCCACUGCAGCAUGCCGUGUCGCCGUCAGAGUUGGGCGCAUAUCCAGAUAAAAAAAACUUGCCUGCUUGCACUGCAGAUGCGUUGUUUUUGCUAACAGCAAGCAGGCAAGUCAGCAGCCUAACCUUCUUUGAUAUUUACAGAGAAGAUGAAAAGGAGAACUGGAGAGCAGUAGUGGCAGUCACUUCACUGGUCAAGCAUUCCUAUCCACCUCGGCCCACCUCCACCUCCCUGACAGUCAUUUUGUUAUAUAAAACCCAUCAAGCUCCCCUGCAAGGAGAUACAGAACCCUGCAACUGCAAGCUAAGGAGAGUGUGAUCACCAACAGCUAGUGCUAGUCCCCCUUCCUUCCAUCCAUCCAUGGCAUGCGUCAGCACCUUCCAGAGCUGCCCCAUUGCCAGAAGAGCAAAGAUCAACACCAGGUCCAGGGGCAGCAGCAGUAGCGUGGCGAAGGGGUCACCACCACCAGCCUUCCAGUUCCAGUGCAGGGCGUCGACUUUCGCGGCGGACACCAGCCUCCGGCUCGAGCUGGACGAGAACCCCGAGGCGAUCAUCUCGGGGGCGUGGCCCGGGAACUGCUCCCUCCUCAGCUACGACGACCUCCGCGCCUACCUCGAGUCGCAGGAGACGGCGGCCCAGGCAGACGAUCAGCAGCGCGGCGUGGCGCUCCUGAGCGAGACCAUGUCCACACCCGUGCUGGUGGCCACAGCAGACCAGACCCUGGAGGACGUCGAGUGCCACUUCGAGGCCGUGUCGGGGCUUCCGGUCGUCGACAGCGGCCUCAGAUGCGUCGGGGUGAUCGUCAAGAACGACCGGGCAAGAGCCUCUCAUGGGUCCAAGACGAAGAUAUCGGAAGUGAUGACAUCUCCAGCUAUCACACUAUCGUCUGACAAAACCGUGAUGGAUGCUGCUGUUCUCAUGCUCAAGAAGAAGAUCCACAGAUUACCAGUUGUAAACCAGGACGAAAAAGUAAUAGGUACGGUAUAGUUACCCGCGCUGAUGUUCUUCGCGUGUUGGAAGGCAUGUUGAAGAUUUAGGAGCGCAGAUACCCAUGCUCGGAAGCCACAGCCUCUUGUAAAUAUGUAGAUGUGCCCGGGCAUGGUGUUUCUGAGUAGCAGCAAAGAGAUCUACCAUGUAUAGGAGUUUCUCCUUGUAAAUAAUAGUAGCACGCCAGGAGACUCCAUCCCAGGUUCCGUACUGCUUGCGCGACCAGAUGCUGUAAACUAGCCAGAUACUUGAAGACCAAUAUAAAUGGAUAUGUCUAAAGUAGUGUUUCGGAAAA